AAAUACUCAAUAUCNCAACUUUCCAAUCCAACCCUCAAGCGCAACAGUGGCCUCCAAAGCCGAUCCCUCUCUCCCGUUUUCCUUUCCUCAACCCCUUUCGAUUAGAUCGGAUGGCAACUGACGCGGCGGUUCCUACAUCAGAACUUCAGGCGGAGACACCGGCCACCGUGGAGAAACAACCGAACAAGCUCGAGAGGAAGUGGACGUUUUGGUUCGACAAUCAGUCCAAACCGAAACAGGGAGCCUCCUGGGGCUCCAAUCUCCGCAAGCUUUACACUUUCGACACAGUCGAGGAGUUCUGGUGUUUAUAUGACAAGAUAUUCAGACCAAGCAAGUUCCCUGCACCUUCCGACUUUCAUUUAUUCAGAGCUGGAGUGGAGCCCAAGUGGGAGGACCCAGAGUGUGCUAAUGGGGGAAAGUGGACUGUUACCAGCAGCAAGAAGGCUGAUCUGGAUACCAUGUGGCUUGAAACUUUAAUGGCUUUAAUUGGGGAGCAAUUUGAUGAGGCCGAUGAGAUAUGCGGAGUGGUUGCCAGUGUGCGCCAACGGCAAGAUAAACUCUCGUUAUGGACCAAGAAUGCAGCCAAUGAAGCAGCUCAGAUGGGCAUUGGGAGGAAGUGGAAGGAGAUUGUCGAUGUCACUGAUAAGAUUUCCUACAGCUUCCAUGAUGACUCCAGGAGGGAAAAAUCAGCAAAAAGUCGAUAUCAUGUAUGAAGAAUGGUCAAAUCAUAUAGUUUAAACAAUCAUGCUUGUGAUCAAGCUCUGGAACUUGAAGCAAA